AUGUCCAGCGAAGCCGUCCCGACGACUGAGGGGCAAGCUCAGCCCCAACCCCAGGGCAUGCGGGUAAAUGGCAAACAAUGGCAUGCGCCUCGAAAGGCCUUCCGCCCGACCUCCGGCUUGACCACGUUCGAGAAGCGCUCUAGGCAACGCAUCGAAAUGGCGGCGAUGAAGGCAAAAGAGAAGGAAAUGAAGGACGACAAGGAGACUGAAAGAAAGCAACGAGUACAACGGAUCAAGGACAAGCGCGCAGCGAAGGAGGAGAAGGAAAGAUACGCCAAGAUGGCAGAGAAGAUGCACAAGAAGCGGGUUGAGCGGUUAAAGAGGAAAGAGAAGCGCAACAAGGCCCUCAACUCGUGA